AACGAACCGGUGUUUGGUGUGGUGAGAAAAGUUGAACGGGCAAGUAAUAAACUGAAAGUUUUGCCCUAAUGCUGCCAAAAGUGAAGCCACUUUACUGCACCCAGCAUUGCAUUAGGCGUGAUGCAAUCGAGGCACUAACAAGUCCAUUACGUGAAACGAAAUUUCAUUACCUUACUUGACCGGAGGCGAACAAACUACUGGAAAACGUCCAGCCCCGUAGGGUACGGUGUUUAUGUGUCUGUGAACGGUGUAUAAAUGAAGAAAGUUCUCCGGUUUUUACUGAAAAUGAAUGCGUGUACAGUACCUAAUCGCAGCUAAAAAUGCAGUAUAUCAUCAUCGGUGGACUAUUUAUGCUGGCAACUUUUCACUUCAACGAACGCAACGCUAUGGCUGUAAAUCAACAUAUGGCGACGGCCCAGGAAAAUCGAGUCGUUAAAAAAUUUUCACCCCACCCGUACUUCGAUUUUGAUGUGCCUCGGAACAUUACGACCCGCGUGGGACAAACGGCGUUCAUCAACUGCCGGGUCGAGCAAAUGGGUGACAAAUCGGUCUCAUGGAUUCGGAAACGGGAUCUACACAUCCUGUCUGCAGGAACCGCCGUCUACACUUCAGACGAGCGCUUUCAGGUGAUACGAUCCGAGAAAGCAGAAAACUGGACGCUGCAAAUAAAAUUUGCCCAGCAAAGGGACUCCGGCAUAUACGAGUGUCAGGUGAACACUGAGCCAAAGAUGUCCAUGGCGUUUCGACUGAACGUAGUAGAAGCGAAAGCCAUUAUCCUUGGACCAACGGACCUAUACGUAAAAAUGGGCAGCAUCGUUACGCUGACGUGCAUCAUUAGCCAGGGACCACACGACCUAGGGACAAUCUAUUGGUAUCGAGGAUCGAGCCUCGUGCAGCCGGUACUACUGCAGUCUAGUGAUCCAUCAUUAGCAUAUCCACAUCGAAUAUCGGUUGAACUUAAGUGGACGGAAGCGCUUACAUCACGUCUGAAAAUUCUCGGUGCCAAAUUGUCUGACACGGGCAACUAUACGUGUCUUCCGACGUCGGCCGAGGGCAGCAGCGUACUGGUGCAUGUGAUAAACGGAGAGCAUCCUGCGGCAAUGCAGCGCGGAUGCGCGACAACCACCAACAGGAAUCACCGACGGAGCAUACAGCUGCUCACCGCGAUGCUGGCCGUGCUGCUGCUCGCCCUGCACGGUGUCCUUCGGGGCGAGCUCGGGCAACCGGUGCCGGCUGGCGACGGCGACAGGCCGCCGCCUAGGACCCCAGCGCCCAGCACUCAGCUCGACAGCUCGGGAUGCAAAGUGAUACCGAGGCGACCCCCCGGCACUAUAUCAUCGUCAACUGCUGCGUAAUGUGCAUGUGCCCGCCGAGAGCCGAGCAACCAACCGAAGCCAAAUCACGACAUGG